ACAGAGUCGACCCCAAUCUAUAGAAAACGCAAUCUUAAAAAUCCUGCAAAAAAAUCUGCGGAAAGAAGGUCGCAAUCACUUCUUGACAGAGCUUACAACGAGCAGUGGGAAUGGUAUGACAAGUGCAACAGGAGAGAAAGAAACAAAGGUCUGUUCACAGCUGAUCAGAACCUCAAGAGAAACACAGCAAGGUACACGCGACAAAACCCCAAUGGAAAUCGACGAGGUUACGAGUGUCCCGAGGAAAGAGAUUAUUAUCCUUACUGGCAUCCGACUGACUGGAUUGAUAUCGCAGUUUUGGGAGACCAAGCAGAUUGUGACUUUUACAAGUCACAGAGCUUCAACACCAAACCUAAGGAGGAGUGUAUGGAACCUUAUAACAAAAAAAAGGCUUACAAUGAAAAGACAAACAAAUGGCGUCAUGCCUCACAAUACAACAACAAAGCUGAUUGCGAAGCAAACAAUGGAAUAUGGGUGACAUUUCACAACUAUCUUGAAGAGACUGAUCUUAGUGAGGCACAGUGUACUGGUGAAGAGUACAUAUGGGCCAUUCCCUAUCGCUCUGAAAAAUUGGACCAGUUGAAAGGUACUGAUCCCGAGGAUUGGAAGAAAUGCUUGGUCGCGUUACCCAAACCAGAAUGUGGACCAGCCCCGUACUCACGUUCCAAUCACCUGGGUAACGGUGAGGGCGUGGUCGCUCUUAACUAUCCUUGGAAGAUACCCCGCUUCCCUUCAGGAGACGAACAGAAAUGUGUACUGAGAAUAAGGUACAAUAUCUCCACAAACGAUUACGACGUGAAAAAUACAUUCUCUGGUUCAAACGACGUCGACUCUGUCAUUGAAAACGACCCAGAA